AUGAAACUGAAACAAGGGUCCUUCCUGUGGUACCUCUACCUGGACAAGAUAUACUGCCUGCUGUCCCUGCGGAACGUGAAGGCGCUGAUGGAGUACUUCUACCUGCUGGACGUGCACCGCAGAAACACCUUGAACGAUGUGCUCUUCUUCCACUUCCUCURCCACAUCACCAACCUGAAAUCGAGACAGAUCAAGAUGGUGUUCGACAUGCUGGACUGGAACGCCAUGGGCGAGAUUGGCUUCGAGCAGUUCUACAUGUUGGUUUGCAUUCUGCUGUCACACCAGAACCAUCUGGAAGAACAGUUCAUGUACCGCCAUUCGCGGCCUGUGUUCGACCUGCUAGAUCUGGAUGGGGACCUGAAGAUCGGCCCCGACAACUUCUGCAUGUACAGAUUCCUCUUCAACAUGGAGAAACAGGAGCUCAAAGAACUCUUCCACGACUUCGACAUCACGGGCGACCAUCGUCUUAAUUACAAAGAAUUUAAGCUGUAUACAAUCUUCUCCACGGACAAAUCCCAGAAUAAAGGGAAGGAGAAAAAGAACUUGAAAUUGAAAUCCUCGCUAAUGAAGAAAGUCUUCCAACAAGUUGGCAUGAGCCAUAAGUCUCUUGGAAAAAAUGAGAUCCAGAAGUAG